AUGGCCCAUGGGGGACCACAGGGUCAGCUGCUGGGGGCUGACGGGCAAGAGGUACAGCCCGAGGCACUGAUGCAGGAGCUGAGCCGCUGCCGGGUGCUAUGGGGCCGCCCCAAGGUCUUCCUGCUGCAGGCCUGCCGUGGGGGAAACAGGGAUGCUGGUGUGGGGCCCACAGCUCUCCCCUGGUACUGGAGCUGGCUGCGGGCACCUCCAUCUGUUCCCUCCCAUGCAGAUGUCCUGCAGAUGUAUGCUGAGGCCCAAGGCAGCUCCUGCAGGGGCGCCCCUCCAGGGAGGUCUGACCAAGCAGACAUCCUGACGGUCUACUCAGCCGCCGAGGGCUAUGUGGCCUAUCGCGAUGACAAGGGCUCAGACUUUAUCCAGACAUUGGUGGAGGUCCUCAGAGCCAACCCCGGGAGAGACCUUCUGGAGCUGCUGACUGAGGUCAACAGGCGGGUGUGUGAGCAGGACGUGCUGGGUCCCGACUGCGAUGAACUCCGCAAAGCCUGCCUGGAGAUCCGCAGCUCGCUCCGGCACCGGCUCUGCCUCCAGCCCUGAGGGUGCCGCGGCCA